UCUUAUGUUUGUGAACUGUGUCGUGAUUUUAAUGCUGUGUUUUCCUAGGCUCCAGCUGUGUUGUAGUCAUGGCUGCCUGAGGGACUGCUCCCUGGCUGUGUUGAUCUGGAGCCCCCUCUGAUAUCAUGCUGAGAGUUGGGCCAGCGGCCACCACUCUACUCCUGCUGCUGUCAUACUGCUGCUGCCACCUGUGUCACUCUCUGGGAAUCCCUAAACUGUCCUCCUAUGCCAAGACAGAGGACAAACUGUUCAAGAACCUCUUCAGAAACUACCAGAAAUGGGUGAGGCCUGUGGAAUACCUCAACGGCACAGUACGGGUCAGAUUUGGACUGGCCAUCUCCCAGCUAGUGGACGUGGACGAGAAGAACCAGUUGAUGACAACCAAUGUGUGGAUGAAACAGGAAUGGUUGGACAUGAAGCUACGCUGGAACACUGAUGACUACCUGGGCAUCACUACCAUCAGAGUCCCAUCGGACUCCAUCUGGAUCCCAGACAUUGUGCUCUAUGACAAUGCCGAUGGACGUUUUGAGGGCUCUGUCACCAAGGCUGUUGUCAAGUAUGAUGGCACCAUCACCUGGACACAGCCCGCUAACUACAAGUCAGCCUGCAUCAUCGAUGUCACCUUCUUCCCCUUUGAUCUGCAGAACUGCUCCAUGAAGUUUGGCUCCUGGACCUAUGAUGGCUCACAGGUUGACAUCCUCCUGGAGGACUUUCAUGUGGAUAAGAGGGACUACUUUGACAGUGGCGAAUGGGAUAUAGUGAAAGCAACAGGCAGCCGUGGUCUGAGGAUGGACGGAUCCUGCCACUUCCCCUUCAUCACCUACUCCUUCAUCAUCCGCAGACUGCCGCUCUUCUACACCCUCUUCCUUAUUAUCCCUUGUAUCGGCCUUUCUUUCCUCACCAUCCUGGUCUUCUACCUGCCUUCCAACGGCGGGGAGAAGAUCUCCCUGUGCACCUCUGUGCUGGUGUCCCUCACAGUCUUCCUUCUCGUGAUCGAGGAGAUAAUUCCGUCCUCCUCCAAGGUCAUCCCUCUGAUUGGGGAGUACCUGGUGUUCACCAUGAUCUUUGUCACGCUCUCCAUUGUCAUCACCGUCUUUACCAUCAACAUCCACCACCGCUCCACGUCCAUGCACCAAGGCAUGGCGCCCUGGGUGCGUCGUAUCUUCCUGCACAGGCUGCCUAAGCUGCUGUGUAUGCGCAGCCACGUGGACCGCUAUGCUACCCCCGGUGGGGCCAGAGCAGGACUUGCAGGGAGAGAGGGGGCAGGACUGGCAGGGAGAGAGGGGGCAGGACUGGCAGGGAGAGAGGGGACAGUAGGGGGCAUUAUGAAGUCCACGCCUCAUCUCUCCCCCACGAAUAACCUGCAGGCUGCUUUGGACUCUAUCCGUUACAUCACCAUGCAUGUGGUCAAGGAGAACGAGGUCAGAGAGGUGGUGCAGGAUUGGAAGUUUGUGGCUCAGGUUCUGGAUCGUGUGUUCCUGUGGACCUUCCUCCUGGUCUCAGUACUGGGCUCUGCUCUGCUCUUCAUCCCUGUCAUCUACAAAUGGGCAAAGAUCAUCGUCCCCAACCAUGCAGGCGGCAGUGGAUAAGACUAAACUGAGACUAAGUGCACUGAGCACAACAAAUUCAGAGACACUACAGUCAGUGCAGAGAUGGAGACACUUACUCACAUGUGGGUGUGGGAGAGCAAUGGAUUCUAGUUCCAUCAUAAUUUUUGAUAUGAAUGAGGGAUUAUUGUCUCUAUGUUGCUGUAUC